AUGCCCGUACAAAAACAAACCUGUGCUGGUCAACGUACACGUUUCAAAGCAAUCGUUGUUGUUGGCGAUGGUAAAGGUCAUAUUGGUUUGGCAAAAUUAUCUGUUAUUCCUGUGGGAAGAGGAUAUUGGGGAAACAAAAUCAGUCCGGCACACACGGUACCAUGUAAAGUUACAGGUGAAUGUGGUAGUGUAUUAGUAUGUUUAAUUCCUGCUCCACGUGGUACAGGUUUAGUAUGUGCACCCGUACCAAAAAAAUUACUUCAAAUGGCUGGAAUUCAAGAUUGUUGGACUAGUUCAAGAGGAUCAACAGCCACACUAGGCAAUUUCGCCAAAGCCACUUAUUCUGCCAUGUCAAAAACGUACAGUUAUUUAACACCUGACUUAUGGAAAGAAACAAUUUAUACAAAAACACCCUAUCAAGAAUUUAGCGAACAUUUAGCUAACACGCAAAAGAAAUUAACAACUGGUAUUGAAAAGGGAGAUUUUCAAUAA